GAAAAGUUAUUAAUAAAUAUACUGAAUAUCCUCUUUUAUUUUUAAUAUUUCAGAUUAAAAAAUUAAAAUGUAUAGUGUUUCUUCACGUCUAAUUAAAAUUCCUAUAGAACUUUCUACAAUACGUUAUGUGGCGUCUGUUCAAACAUCAUCCAAAAUACUUUCUGUAACAUCAAAUGAAAAAUUAAACUUGCAGCAAAAUUAUAGCACAAAUAGCAACCAUGAUACUCACCGGGAAGGAUAUUCAUACAAAUAUUUAUGUUACUCCCUUUUGUUUGGUGCAGCAGCAUAUACAUCUUACAAAUUUUGGUCACAAAAUAAGUUAUUACCAGCUAUAAAUGCUGCUGAAGAAAUUGUAGAAUCUGAUUCAGAGAGCGAAGUUGACACCAAGAAGAAGAGAUAUAGGAAAGAAAAGAUUGGUUUCCGAGACAGGAAGAUAAUUGAAUAUGAAAACCGUAUGCGUCAGUAUUCAACUCCGGAUAAGGUAUUUAGAUACUUUGCUACUCUCCAAGCUCAGCAUCAUGACCAGCAUGAAAUUUUCAUGACUCCCGAUGAUUUCCUGCGCUCCAUGACUCCUGGUGUUAAACAGCCGGAUGGAUUGGGGUUGGACCAGUACAGGAGAUAUGAUCCAAAGAGGGAGCAGAUACUCUUCAAGAAGAAUAAAGAAAGUUUACAAAAAAGUAUCAGUCAGCGGCUCAACCUUGAUUUAGACGAAGAUUCCAUUUUCUAUAAACUGGGCUCUUCGGGUCUCAUCACCUUCAGCGACUACAUAUUUCUUCUGACUGUAUUGUCAACAUCUCGUCGUCAUUUCGAGAUCGCGUUCCGUAUGUUUGACCUGAACGGCGACGGUGACGUGGAUUGCGAAGAGUUUGAGAAGGUGGCGGCGCUCAUCCGUCAGCAGAGCAGCAUCGGUUCCCGUCACAGAGAUCAUGCUAAUACUGGCAACACUUUUAAGGGCAUAAACUCAGCUCUGACGACUUACUUCUUCGGCCCUCAUCUCAACCAGAAACUCACCAUAGAAAAGUUCUUGGAUUUUCAACACCAACUUCAGAAAGAAAUAUUGUCUCUUGAGUUCCAAAGAAAACAGCCUGAUGAAAACGGACGCAUUACUGAAGCUGACUUCGCGGAGCUCUUGUUGGCUUAUGCAGGUUACCCCGCGAAAAAGAAGGCGCGAAUGUUGAAAAGGGUUAAGAAAACUUUCCGCGACCACGGCAUCGGUAUAACCAAGGACGACUAUCUGAAGUUCUUCCACUUCCUAAACAAUAUAAAUGAUGUGGACACAGCUCUGACGUUCUACCACAUUGCCGGCGCGUCUAUAGACCAGCCGACGUUACGUCACGUGGCUCGGACCGUCGCUCAUGUGGAUCUGUCACCCCAUGUUAUUAAUGUCGUCUUCACUAUCUUUGAUGAGAACAUGGACGGUCAACUCAGCAACCGCGAAUUCGUCGCAGUCAUGAAGAACAGACUUCUUCGCGGCCUAGAGAAACCCAAGGACACAGGUUUUGUCAAACUUAUGUAUUCUCUGAUCAAAUGCGCGAGAGACACCAAACCGGCCAUAUUAGACUUUUAAAGAUUUUUUAUGAAUUAUAGAAUUUUAUUCGCUAACUAAAGUAUUGCUUUAUCGACGAUCAAAAUAUGUAUAUGUGUUAGUGUUGUUUGAUUUAAAUAUUAUAUUUUUUAUUUUAUUAUUUAUUCGCAGUAUAAUAUAUGGAUUAAGAUCUAUGGUGUAGGUUUGGAGUACGCUAAAUUUAAAGUUUGUUGAAUUUGUAAACAUGAAGACAUAUUGUUUUAAGGCUUAAAAUCGUCAAGAGAAUUCGAAGAUUUUGAAGUGGUCUUUUUGAAAAUUAGUAAGUUAGAUAAAAAUUCACCUAAACCUAGGUGUAUCCUUGAUGAACCUUCAAAGAAAACUACCUAAAUUAUUAAAACUAAAAUCGCUACAUCCAAUUUGUUUGAGGUUGUUUUAAAAUAUUGUCUAUUGAUUCUUAUAAUGUUUUACCAUUGUAUCAUCAGGUCGAAUGAAAAAUGGACAAACGUGCCUUUUUCAGAUGUGCUUAGUCUUACCAUAUCCGUAAAACAUUUUUUUUUAAUAUUUAAAAGGCGCGUCGAAAUCUAAUUGUUGCAUUGGAUAACAUGGCAAUGUAUUUGGAUUUUUAGAUAAAAAUCCAAAAUUGUUUUAAUGUACGAUCGAAUUUCUUAUAUAUGUCGGUAUUGGCAUAUAGGACUGUCUAACUGUAGUUCCUUUUUGGCCGACUGAACAGCAUCCUUGCCUUUGCCUUGAAGAAGUUACAGAGCCACCUGUAAGUAUCUUCGAAAAUUUAAAUUGUAGACGAAUAUUUUAUGUUAAGUUUACGUUAUUUUAGUUUAUUUUAAGCUCUCUAUUCUGGUCAUAAUUAUAUACUUUUUUAAAAGCAUUUUAUAAAUACCUAAGUAAUUUGACUGACGUUAUUUAAAUACUUGGUAAAAUUCUAUUGUGUUCAAUAAUGUUGUAUUCGUUUAAAAUAGAAUAUUUUGUUGUUAUAUAUUUUUGUUUUCUAUAGAAACAUAUGUUCUGUAAUAUAAUAAGUUACUAUUUAAUGCGUUCAAUAAAAAUAGUUAUAUUUCUUUAGUAGAUAAAUAUUAUGUAAUUAGUUAUAUUGUAUACUGAUAGAUAACUUUUGGGAUUGUUCGUUUUCCGCUUCAGUAUUUUAUCUCAUUGCUGCAUCUCAAACAAAUAUAUGUAAAAAAAUACAAAAAAUGCAUUUGACUGCUUUUAUUAACCAGCAUACUAAAUGGUUUCCUAGCUUAUUUUUAUUCAUCAAUGAAAUCUCAUAAUUUAAAAUUAAUGUCUCAUUGUAAAAAUCUUAAUUCUUUAUUCUCAAAGUGUAUUUAACUUUUAAAUAACUUAAUGAAAAGUUAUAAGCAUAGUAAUAUUAAGUUUGUAUUAUCUCACAAUCUAUUAUCACAUGUUAAAAUCGAUUUAAGUAUUUCCUAUACUGUUAUGUGAUUUCUAAGAAUAAAAUCGUUUUCUAAGA